AUGACUGAUUCUUUUCCUUUCUUUGAUCUUGUUCCAGUAGUCGACGAUAUGUAUCCAGCAGAUAAAUAUGACAUUUUGUUGACAGACGUCAAUUCCACAGAUAUACAUGAAGGAAUUUCAAAAAAACUAAAUAUAGAAUACUUAUCAAAUUCUCAUUCUGCAGAAUUAAAAGAAGUAAAAGGAAUCAUAUUUGGUCUUAAUUACAGAAUUUUUUUAUCAUUGCCAGUCAAGAUCAAAAAAGAAAUCAAGAACAUUCACUUCCUUUUCGAUACGGGAAGCCCAAGAACAUACAUUUGCGAGGAAGCUUUCAGUUCGUUUAAAGCAACUAUUGUCGACAGAACUUAUAAGACAGUGCUAGUGAACAACCGACCUAUUAUUGCGCUCCCACCACCACCUGGUUCUCACUUUACGGAUGUAAAUCUCCUAGGAAUGGAUUAUCUACAAACAUUUCAUGCAAAAGUAACCAUGGAUUUUGAAAACGAGCAAUUUUCUUUCUUUUUUGGAAAACUAAGUCUUGGAGAACAAAGUAUUGGAGAACAAGGAGAAAAUCUCAGAAUCAUCUUCGUCUUCAGAAUCGAUAUUUGA